UCACCGGGUCCUGGCCAGUGAUUCCCACUAGCACCUGGCGAUUGCCGAGUAUCACUUGCAGGGGAGAGACCUGUGUCUCCUGCACAUUGUUUUGUAUUGCUGUGCAUAGCAGAACAAUACAAAGCAAUGUGCUGACACAGUGAAACAGCACACAGUUAACCCUUUGAUCGCCCCAGAUGUUAACCCCUUCCUGCCCAGUGCCAUUAGUACAGUGUCAGUGCUUUUUAUUAGCACUGAUCACUGUAUUGGUGUCACUGGGGAUGUCAGUGGCAGUUAGUCAGUUCCCCCCGGGGUCAGAAUGCCCACCGCAGUCCUUCAAU